AUGAGGAUGUUUUUGGUUCCUAGAACAAGUAUUGAGAAAGUGAAUGUUAAGCAACCGGAAGUCGAAGUAGAAGAAACACCCCCUAAUGUGGCCAACAAGUUUAAUGAGAUUGUGCGUGAUCUAGGAUGUAGGAAACAAAUUCAUGAGUAUGCUCCGGAUAUUCAAGACCAAGUGAGGAGGGCAUAUAUAUUGAAGGGUCCAACGCAACCUGAUUUAGCAAGAUUUCCUCGUACUCAAUUUGGGAAGUAUUCAAGAGCAUUUUGUAAAGCAUGGAAUAAGAAUUAUACAUGGAUUGAAUACAGUGAGUCGAAGGAUGCAACUUAUUGUUUCUAUUGCUUUCUCUUUAAGCCGCCCGGGAGGGCCGAACACUUUGGUUAUGAAGUCUUCAACAAAGACGGGUUUAAAGAUUGGAAGCAUGCAUCUAAAGGUUUUAAAGAUCAUAUUGGUAGUCAUUAUAGUAAGCACAACUCAUGUGUGAAGCACUAUGAUGAUUAUAAUAAUCAAAGACAAAGUGUGACAAUUUUCUUUUCUAGAGCAACUAGGGAAUCAGAAGAAUUGUAUAAGAUCCGUUUAACUUGCUCUUUAGAUUGUACUAGAUAUCUCUUAGCACAAGGCAUUGCUUUUCGUGGCCAUGAUGAAAGCUCUAUUUCUCUAAAUAAGGGAAAUUUUAGAGAGAUGGUGGAUUGGGUAAAAUCUAAUGAUGAAAAAGUAAGAAAUGCUUUUGAUCAUGGUCCAAAAAAUUGCACUAUGACUUCCGAUGACAUUCAAAAGGAGCUUGCAACGUGUUGUGCACAUGAAGUUACCAAGGUGAUUAUGGAAGAGCUUGGUGAUAGACAAUUCUCUGUGCUUAUUGAUGAGUCACGUGAUAUAUCUGUCAAAGAAUAA